GAUAUCAGAGGAAUUCAUUACUACCCAAUCAUUAGCGUUCAUGUGCCAAAGUCGUGCUUUCUGAUUGGACGUCGCACUUGUCAGUCUGUGUGGUUUCUGUGCUAUAGCACGACCUUUUUUUCUUUGCUGCUGACGGUUUUCGUGAGGGGAUAAAAAACAGGACCCCCGUGUUGUUGUUGUCGAGUAAAACGGCGAUAAACGCGCGUUUUAGGGCGUGUACGUGUUAUUCUGUGGUGUUUUAUUGAGCUAAAUCACGUCUGUUAGCUCCUGAAGCUGUUAGCAGCGGUUUGACGUUAGCCUUCAAUGCUACAUAAUUAGCAUCACAUAGAGCUAGCAAUGCUACAUAAUUAGCAUCACAUAGAGCUGUGUGUGUUUUUUAUAUUUAAAUCGUUGUUGUUUUUCUUUAUUAAUGCAGGGAUUUUAAACCGCACGCGUUUUUAUAUGGUGUUUAGACCCGUAUGAGGUGUUUAUAACACUGAUGCUAAAGGCUAACACCGUGUAGCCGUUCUGUAAACAACAAUAAAUUGUUGUUGUUUAUUAUUAUUUUUAUUUAUUUAUUUAUUUAUCGGUCGGUAUUAAAAGCACCCCGGAUGUUUGGGUGAUUUAGUGCACGGUCUUCAGCAGAGAUUCCCAGCGUUAUAACCGACAAGCUGAUGGUUUUUGUGUGGAUGUAAAAGUUCACUCGCGGGGAAAUAAUAUGGUUUUAAUGCGUCGUGACGCACGUGUAAACGUGUGCGUGUAGUGACACGCCACAUCGACAGGGCUGAUGUGAAAUGAAAUGAGAGAGAAGGUAAAAAAGGGGAAACGCCAACUGUGCGGAAGAGGAAGAGACGUGUAGCGUUCACACGUGUGCGCGUGCGUGAGUGUGUGCGCGCGUGUAUAUGCAGGUCGUCCUGGGGUGGUUUGAAUGAAUCACGAAAAUCCGUUUUAUUCACAUAUGAUACGCGCCGUUAUAGACACGUGAGUUCAGUCUGUCCGGGACGUCAGUAAACCGCUUCGUUUCUUUUCUUCCUCCCCUCCUUUCCUCCUUUCUGUUGAUCUGUUCGCUUCUCUCGCCAUGGUCGGGUUCGGGGCGAACCGGCGCGGAGGUCGGCUCCCGUCCUUCAUACUGAUCGGUUUGAUGGUGAUUUUGAUCCUGUUGUGCUACAAUUACUGGAACUUGUCACGGCUGCACUCGCGCGCGUUGGACGAGCUGGCCGAGGUGCACGCGCAGGUGAAGCGCACGGACGCCGCGCGCAGCCGCCUGGAGAAGCGCAACUCCGAGCUGAUGCUGCAGGUGGACACACACCGGCGUCAGAUCGAUCAGAAGGACGGGGACUACAGCGUGCUGGAGGGCAAACUGCAGGCCAGGGAUGUGAUGAUGAAAAAAUGCACAGAUGAAAAGAUGAAGCAGCAGAGCGAACUGGCACAGAAGACCGCAGAUAUGAACCGGCUGAAAGAGCAGGUGAAGGAGAUGAGAGAUGAGAUUAUCAGGCAGGAGGACCAGAUGAAGGAGGUAAAGAAGAACAACACUAAUCUCGAGAGGAAGAUGGAGUACGAGAGCCUGCAGUGCGGUCGACAGAUCGCGCAGCUCAAAGACGAGUACGAGGAGAGCAGGAAGGUGCCGAAAAAGACGGGUUCCAAAUCAAAAAAGGACACGCAUAAAGCUGGCGCUGCAGAUGCUCCGGCUGAAGGAGGUACAGAUACUGUAGUAGAGCGCCACCCAGUGGCCACACAACGCCAUAACAACCCUGAUAUGAAAGACGAUUUGGGGAAACCAGGCAGUGAUGCUGGAAUGCCUGGUAUUGAAGACAGUGAAGUAGGAAAGUUAGAUGAGAUGCAGUUCGCGCUGAAAAAGCCAGCCAUCACAGCGCAGCACGUGGAGCCAGCGGACAUGGCCCUGGUGCUGCAGGUCAAACAGGCAGGAGCUGGUGCAGGUCCUGAUGACGCCGCUGACGCCGCUAUCGAUACCGGAGCAAAAGCAGGGGCAGGUGCUGGGGAGGGACCAGGGUUCGAUGCUCCUCGUGGACUCCCUCUGGACCGCCCUGACUUUCCACAGGACGGAGGAGCAGGAAAAGUUCUCCCGCUAAUCGAGCAGCAGGUUCCCCAGCCUCUCGUGGACAGACCCGCGGUGGCAGACGAAGGCAACAAGGCGGCCGUUCAAGCAGACGAGUUCGGAGAGCAGAGGCGCCAAAUGAUCGAUCCUGAUAAUCCUGGAGCGGCGCUGCCUCCACCCCCGAAUCCUGCUCAGGUUCAGGCCAACCCCGUCGAACCUCAGCGCGAAGUUGCCCCUGCUGCGCCACUCCGACAUCGGCAGAGCCGUUUCUUUGACGAGAACGAGUCCCCUGUAGAUCCGCAGCGCACCUCCAAGCUGGCGGACUACAACGGGGACGACGGCAACGUGGGCGAGUACGAGGCUGACAAGCAGGCCGAGCUGGCCUACAACGAGGAGGAGGACGGAGAUGGCGGCGAGGAAGAUGCCCAAGACGAUGAAGACCGUGAAGUCCCAGGAGAGCGCGGCGUGGACUACGGCAAGCGACACCAAGCCAUCGACAUCCUGUAGCGCCGGUCUGGAAUCUCGAAUCGAGACGUCUCUCAUAUUCACACGUACAAAAUCAGAUUAGCAAAAAAAAAAACAAAAAAUCAUAAAAAGAACAAAAUGUCAAGAAUUACUUGAACCCGUGUAUCAGACGCUGCUGUAUCUCGACACAGCGCCGAUGUGGACGUUUCCGUUCAUCUUUAAAGAAGGAUUGAACUCUUUUUGGUCUUUCAUCAGUGACUCGAAACGAAUCUUAAAGCGAAUCUGAAGGACGUGUAAAAUGACUAAUGUGCUCAUGUGUAUAUAUUUAAUGUACAUUAGAAAUCUGUUUUGUUGGGUUUUUUUCUCUCGAGUCUGAAGCAGGAUUUCCGGCGGAUCGACGAGAUCGUUUCCCACAUUUUGAGUUUUUGGUUUGUUUUUUAAUGAUGAAGUUCGUCUGUAGGUUUCCUAGAGAAAGAAGCUAAACUCACAUCAGACAAGAUCACUACAGAGGACACGGUUUGGCUUUUUUUUUUUUCUUUUUUUUUUUUUCCGAAACACUGCUGAAGAAAUUAUUAUUAUUUUUUUUUUUUCUUUCUUUUUUUUUUUUUCCUUUUUAGACAUUUUUUGGAUAAAAUAAAUUGUACAGGUCUCAAGUUGUUUUAAUAUUCCUGUUGUGUUAAGAACUUUACAGAGACUCAACAGGUCAUUUCUUUUUUCCUUGUUUUUUUUUUUUUUUGAGGGGUUUAUUUCAAUUUUUUAUUUUUAUUUUAUUUAUUUUUUUUAUUUUUUUGCAUGUGAGUAAUUGAAUAUUAACCUCCAAAAUUACAGAAAUACAAAAAGCAAUACGUUGUUCCACAGCAGAUCGAGAGCGACGCAGCUUCCUUUUUGCUGGCCAGGUAUCAGUGAUCUGAACAUUUGACUGAUUGAUUGAUUGAUUGAUUGAUUGAUGUACAUAUUUGUGACACCGAUCAUGCUGAAUUCUGUAGAAAACCUCAGUGUCGUGUAGCGCUCAGACUUUUUAACUUUCCUAACGGAGCAAAAUUUAGAAAGUAAGCAUUCUGAAUGUACUUUAAUCACUACGAUCGUUCUGAGCUUUCCGAGCGGAUCCGGAUCUUUAAACAUAUCUCAAACCAUUUUUUUACACUUCUGUACAAACCGUUUUUUCCUCCUUUCCAAAGAGCAGAAUUGUAUUAGACGAGAACAUUUUUGCUAUCACUGUGACGUGACUCGGUAGUACUGUACAUGUAGAUAUAAACCUAACAGCUUUGAGAAGCUCUGCUUGCAGUGUAACUAGAUAUUCAGUACGGAGGGGUUUGUUUGCAAAUAAAUAACGCAAGUUCCACAAAAAUAAAACCAGGUUCACAGACGCGUAAGUCGUAUCGAUGUCAAAAACGAAAUGUUUCUCAAAGCCGUAGUGUAAAAAAGGUGAAUGUGUUGAUGUCAAACGGUCUGACUGAGAGAAACUCUGGGUCUGGCCAAUCAGCUCUGAGUCUGUAUCAUCCAGACAGUGAGUGAGUCAAUGUGUGCGUAGUUGUUACGCAGAAAUGAUGUUCACCAGUCAGCCUAAUCUUUACAAGCGCUGCAGCUCGGAGCGUCAGGUCUUCCUUCCAGUUGAUUUUGCUGGCCGUAUAUUUUCGCAUUAGCGUUUACGUGACAUCCUGCCAGUGGAUGGAUGGCUGAGUGAUUAGAUGAAUGGUUGAAUGCCUGGAAGCUGUGUAAGGUGAAUGGAUGGCUGGUUGUGCGAUUGGAUGGAUCGAUGGAUGGAUGGCUGAGUAAUUGGAUGGAUGGAUGGAUGGAUGGCUGAGUGAUUAGAUGGAUGGAUGUAUGUAGGGAUGGAUGGAUGGCUGAGUGAUUUAGAUGAAUGGUUGAAUGCCUGGAAGCUGUGUAAGGUGAGUGGAUGGAUGGCUGUGCAAUUAGUUGGAUGGAUGGAUGGAUGGAUGGAUGGAUAGCUGAGUAAUUAGAUGGAUGAAUGAUGGGUGGAUGGAUGGCUGAGUGAUUAGAUGGAUGGAUAAAUGGAUGGAUGUAUGUAGGGAUGGAUGGCUGAGUGAUUUAGAUGAAUGGUUGAAUGCCUGGAAGCUGUGUAAGGAGAAUGGAUGGAUGGCUGUGCGAUUAGUUGGAUGGAUGGGUGGAUGGCUGAGUAAUUAGAUGGAUGAAUGAUGGAUGGCUGAGUGAUUAGAUGGAUGGAUGGAGGAAGGGAUGGAUGGAUGGAUGCGCAAGUUGCAGUGCUGUCAAAAACGAAAUGUUUCUCCAAGCCGUGGUGUAAAAAAGGUGAAUGUGCUGAUAUCAAACAGUCUGACUGAGAGAAACUCUGGGUCUGGCCAAUCAGCUCUGAGUCUGUAUCAUCCAAACAGUGCGUGAGUCAAUGUGUGCAGUUCUGCGUAGUUACUCUGAAGAGUUACGUAGAAAUUAUGUUCUCCACCAGACAGCCUAAUCUUUACAGCCGCUGCAGCUCGGAGCGUCAGGUCUUCCUUCCAGUUGAUUUUGCUGGCCGUAUAUUUUCGCAUUAGCGUUUACGUGACAUCCUGCCGGUUUCCUGCCAUCAGGAAAGUUUAUGAACAUUUAGAAGGUACAGAGAACGAGACAAUAAAUGGUAUAAAACUACUUCCAAAUGAUUAGUGAAUGAGCUCGUUUUAUUUUUGUGGAAAUCAUACAAAUACAAAAUUACAAAAAAAUACAAAUUAUGCAACAAAGCCACAUGGAAAAAAAAAAAGAAAAACUAACACGGAAAUGAAAGACUUUGUAUUCGAAGUGUUAAAACCUUAGCAGUAGGCAUGAUAUCAGUGCUACAGGUUUUCAGCAUCGCUAUAGGUGGUGUCAGGAGAAAGGAACCUCUCUACUUAACCACCAUUUUAAAACCCAGAGAAAUGAAUGUUAUGCUUUUGAAACAUCUUUAAAAAAUGUUUACUGGUUUCUCCUCCUAUAGGUUCAUAUAUAUGAAAAAGGAAUGUCCGUCAUAUCGCUUUAUGUAAUACACUGCAAUUUUUUCACAUCUAUAAAAAAAAAUCCUCUUCCAUUGUUUUCCUGUGAUCUGGUAUCUUUCUGUAUGGAUGGGUGGAUAAAUGGGUAUUAUCUGUAAAAGAUGGAUGGAUGGAUGGAUGGGUGAAGGGUAGAUAAUUAUAUGAAGGCUGUAAAAGUUGAAGGAAUAAAAGUACAGGUGCUAUAAAAGGAAAUGUAAAUGUA